AUGUCAGACCGCGAGCCCACUGGCAAGUCUGCCAACCGGGUUAUCCGUCGACGCCGCAAGUUUCUUGCUUGCGACUCUUGUUCCAAGAGAAAGCAGCACCGCAUUUCAGACCGUAUUGCUCCGUCACCCGAAAGCGGUCUUAAUAGCACUCCAGAUUUCGCAUGGAAUUCGGAGGUUACACGAAUAAAGACUCCUGAUCCUAAUCUGCACUUUCCGGGACUGGCCUUGAGAAACAUCUGCGUGUUCAAUGGCUUGCCAUUUUUUUCCUCAGGGGGUCGACAGUGGAUCAAGGCACAGACAGGGGAAGACGUGGAUCUGAACCAAUAUCAGCCCCCGAAACGGAUCUCAUCGCUUCGCCCCAAGGCGACUCGCACCGUAUACUUGCCGAGCAAAAGUCUUCUUUUUGAACGCCUCCAAGAGUACAAAUCAUCUGUCUUUUGUGAAAUAUUCCCGUUCAUUAACCCGCACCUUUUUGAGGACACAGUUCGUGCGGCUUAUCAGGAGCAAUCUACCUUAACUUGCAGCAAUGAUAGUGCCAAAGCAUGUGUCUUUGCAUUCAUGGCAGUGACUUCUACGUUCUCGAAUUCUACAGAUAGUCAUGGGUCUCUUGACUCCGAUCAUUAUGCCUACGCUGCUUAUGAUCUAGUACCGGAAUUCUUUCGAGACACUGUAACAACAGAAGGGUUACAGGCGUUACUUAUGUUGUGCCUCUACAGUCAAUCUGUUCUCGGUGACCAGCUGAGUGUAGAACUAUUAUUCUCGGCUGCAACCCGAUUUGUCUUCCAUCUUGGGGGCCAUAUAUUCCCUAAAAGUGUUGAUGAGGUCGGUAGCAGAUCUUUAGACCUGCAAUUACAUAUUCGGAAUCUGUUCUGGCUCUGCUACAUUUUUAAUCAGGAGUACAGCCUGCGAACAGGCCUUCCUCCUAGUCUUGACGACGCAAACUGUGAUCUCACACUUUGUGAAGCCACAACUACAGGUGCUCGAGACACUGGGCUAUCGCCUUUCUUCACCCCAUUCGCGCGCAUGGCAAUCAUCCAAUCGCAGAUCUAUCGCAGACUCUACUCUGUCAUAGCUCGAAACAAAACGGACUCUGAACUCUUAUCCACCAUUCGUGAUCUUGAUCAGCUUUUGGAAGACUGGAAGCUCUCAAUUCCCAUGGAUGCACGACCAUCCCUAACACAUCGACCGACAGGUGGUGAAGACAUACCAUCAGCUGUUUUUCAGCUGCAAUAUCAUUAUUGCAUGGCAACUAUCCAUCAAGCGAGUGAUUAUGAUGAUCCAGAAACGCCGCUUACCAUCUCUCUUUCUAGUUUCUGCCUUCCUUAUGUCACCGCUGCGAUAAUUCACCUUUUCUGUGACAUCCUCCUUAACCCUCGUGAUGUGGCCAGUCAUGCCAGCCUAGAACUGAUGGACAUGGCUCGGAAACGGAUGUUGGCACAGCUAUGGCCGCAGGCUCCUAUUUCUUUCAAGAUGCAGGUCCAGUUCGUGGAGGGCCUCAGUGUAGAAGUACAACGCCUUGCGCGAAGUGCGAUUCGGAAAGCGACUGCCUGA